GCUCGCGCAGGGAAGCGGUGACGCCGCGCAGCGUGUGGGCGUGUCUAGCCGAACCCAGAGCUGCUAGCUCAACUAGCGCUCUUAUGUUUUGAUCUCCCUCUGCCAAAACCUUGGCGUAUUGAAGCUUUCCUUUCGUUUUUUCACCUGGGAUUAUUUGAAGGCACGCCUCGCGGAGGCUUCGCGCAAAGCUCGUGACGCUCUGGGCUGAUGGAUGUGCAGUGACGCGCUCGGACACACGCGCAGCGCUGGAAUAAUCCCCGUAAACCCGUACGAGGACAGUAAUCCCCGGUGGGCCGGCGUGGUUUUCGCGGAAGCAUUAAUGUUGUCUACAGUCACCCCUGACCUGUCUCCAGACACUCCUCGACCCCCAGCAGCCACCGCCGGCCCCCGAGCACACCACAAGCCCAGCGAGGGCCACAGCGGGCAGCCGGAGCGCAGCAGCAUGGAGGUGGGCAUGCGGGUGGUGCGCGGCCUGGACUGGAAGUGGGGGAACCAGGAUGAAGGAGAGGGGCACGUGGGCACGGUGGUGGAGAUCGGCCGGCAGGGCAGCACAACUACACCCGACAAAACUGUGGUGGUGCAGUGGGACAGCGGCACUCGUACAAACUACCGCACGGGAUACCAGAGCGCCUACGACCUGCUGCUGUACGACAACGCUCAGAUCGGUGUCCGACACUCAAACAUCAUCUGUGACAGCUGUAAGAAGCACGGCAUCAUGGGAAUGCGCUGGAAGUGUAAGGUGUGUUUCGACUACGACCUGUGCACUCAGUGCUACAUGAACAACAAGCACGAGCUGACGCACGCCUUCGAGCGCUACGAGACGGCACAUUCACACCCAGUGAGCUUGACACCAAGACAGAACCUGUCCAGAAUCAUCCUGAAGGGAAUCUUCCAGGGGGUGAAGGUGGUCCGGGGGCCCGACUGGGACUGGGGCAACCAAGACGGAGGUGAGGGGAAGGUUGGGAAGGUAGUGGAUAUUCGUGGAUGGGAUCAGGAAUCAGGUCGUAGUGUGGCUAGCGUCACCUGGUCCAGUGGAACCACAAACGUGUACAGAAUGGGCCACAAGGGCAAGGUGGAUCUGAAAUACGUGUCAGAUGUGCAGGGAGGAUACUACUACAAGGAACAUCUGCCCAAAUUAGGCGAGCACGCGGAGCUGCAGCGGCAGGACAGUGCAGACAGUCACUCGUUCCAGCAGGGUGAUAAGGUCAAGUGUCUGCUGGAGGUGGAGAUCCUCAGACAGAUGCAGGAGGGUCACGGCGGCUGGAACCCAAAAAUGGCAGAGUACAUCUCCAGAAUCGGCAGCGUGCACAGGAUAACAGACCGCGGGGACGUGCGCGUCCAGUACAGUAACAACAUCCGCUGGACCUUCCACCCCGGAGCCCUGACCAAGGUGAACACGUUUGCCGUGGGGGAGCUGGUGAAGGUGCUGGACGACAUUGACAGUGUGAAGAGACUCCAGGUGGGCCAUGGAGAGUGGACAGACAGCAUGGCUCCAGCUCUGGGUCAGGUCGGGAAGGUUCUGAAGGUGUAUGCAGACGGUGACCUGCGCGUGGCGUUCGGAGGUCAGACGUGGACCUUUAACCCCGCGUGUCUCUCUGUGCAGCCUGGCGAGGUCGACGCCAAUCUGAUGACGGCUGAGAACACCAGCGAAUCAGGAAGCACGGUCAUUUCAGUCCUGGAGAAGCUGCUCUCUCAGUCCACAGAGCAGGAUCAUCCGGGCCGGCUGGUCAUCGAGGCAGCACACGGGAACACCGUUAAAGUGCGUGAACUGUUGCAGAAAUACCCUGACAAGGUGGAUAUUAAGAACCAGGGAAAGACAGCUCUGCAGGUUGCUGCCCAUCAGGGGCACAUGGAGGUGGUGAAGGUUCUGCUUCAGGCCAACAGCGGCAUUGAAACUAAAGAUGAGGACGGUGAUGCUGCGCUACACUACACAGCGUUCGGGAAUCAGGCAGAAAUCGCACGCUUGCUGCUCAGUAAAGGAGCCAGUGUGAACCUGCUGAAUAACUCCAUGUGUACGGCGCUGCACAUUGCUGUCAAUAAAGGCUUCACAGAUGUGGUGAGAGUGUUAACGGAGCACUUGGCAGACGUCAACCUGCAGGAUUCAUACGGAGAUACGCCCUUACAUGACGCCAUUGCCAAAGACUUCAGGAGCAUCAUUGAGAUUCUGAUUGUGGUGCCCAACAUCGAUUUCACGCAGCAGAACAACCGCGGCUUCAACCUGCUGCACCACGCCGCUCUGAAGGGCAACAAACUAGCGACGGAGAUGAUCUUGGCUCGAGCGCGACAGCUGGCUGACGUUAAGAAGGAAGAUGGUUUCUCUGCUCUGCAUCUGGCCGCCUUGAACAACCACCGGGAUGUAGCUGAGAUCCUUCUCAAAGAGGGUCGCUGUGACAUUAACAUCCGCAACAAUCGCAAUCAGACGCCGCUGCAGCUGGCCGUGACUCAGGGUCACGUGGCUCUAGUGGCCCUGCUGGUGACGGAGGGGGCAGACGUCAAUGCAGAGGAUGAGGAUGGAGACACGGCCAUGCACACGGCCCUCAGCCGCCAGCAGCUGGCCACCGUCAUGAGCAGCGGCGAGGGCGAAGGAGCGGUGCUCUACAGCAGGUUGUGUAGCUCAGGGCUGAUGGGAAACACGGAGCUGAACGUAGGAGCUGCUAUCGCUUGCUUCUUGGCACAGGAAGGGGCCGAUAUCAGUUAUGCCAACCAUAAAGGUAAAAGCCCACUGGACCUGGUUACAGACAGCAGCGUGCAAACUCUCAUCAGGAGCUUCGCAGAAAAACACAGGCUUCAAGCCGUCACGUGUGGCACAGGCAGCAGUAGCAGCAGUCUCAGGCGAGUACACACUACGCCCAACACCAUGACCAACCUGGCCAUGCCCAGCGUGACGGGCCCGAGCGAGUGCCUGAUCUGCUCCGAGCUCGCCCUGCUGGUGCUGUUCUCUCCAUGUCAACACAGCGUGGCCUGCGAGGAAUGUGCUCACAGAAUGAAGAAAUGUAUCCGGUGCCAGGUGACAAUAACAAAGAAAAUUCGACAAGCAGACCAGACGGAGGUGGAGAGCAGCCCCAGCUCAGAGAACUCCGAGAAGCACAACCUGCUGGAGCAGCUGCAGUCUCGCUACAGACAGAUGGAGGAGCGCAUCACCUGCCCCAUCUGCAUCGACAACCACAUCAAGCUGGUGUUCCAGUGCGGACACGCCUCCUGCAUCGACUGCAGCGCCGCGCUCAAGACCUGCCCCAUCUGCAGACAGACCAUCCGCGAGAGGAUCCAGCUGUUCGUCUGACGCUCUCCUGUCUGUCCCGUCCUGAGCCUCAUCAUUCAGCCGCCAGCG